AUGAAAAUUGAAAUCAAGCGGUUAAGGAUAACUCAUCGGGUGUAUUAUAGAAUAGUUGCAAUCAAUUGUGAUUGUUGCGUUUCUUCUACAUCCAACGAAAGAGAGACAGUAUUAGCCGAUACCACUUAUCUUUUCUUCUUCGUUUCUUUUUUAUCUACCUUCCAGAGAGCUACGCCGAUGACCAGGAAAAGGAACAACCAACAUCGUAGGGGUCAAGUCGGCGUGCCAUGGUUGAUCGGAGAAAAAUCGUCCAAUCACGUCUCUGUAAAACAAUCGAGAAGCCCUCUACCCUCAGAUGGGUUCACCGUCUCUACCACUUCGGAAUGGAACCAACAUGAGCGAAAGAUGACAACGACCAUACUCACGCCGACAGGAUUGUUAGGGAGUGAUGCAGAGGGUUAAAGAUCAGUAACUUUCAACAUAUACAAAACCAGCUGCCAUUCAUGAUGUUUCUAUUUUCAUGGUCUUCUACUUCUACCGUUGUUGCCCAAGAAAGCCCUAACAUUGAUUUCUUAGAGAUGAUUAUAUGAUGGAGGUUAUCAGCCAUGGUCAGAAAUAAGAUAUUCUGGGAACUGAUAGCCUAACACUAUCUUCAUAAGCAACAAAUCGAAGGCAUUAACAUCCUCGAUGGGGGUCAAUGGGACCAAUAGAUUACAAGGAAAUAAAUAAAAUUCAAUUGAAGAUGGUAUUGUGAUAGGAUAAAUAGUCACGGUUCUGCUAUUAGUAGAUAAAUAUUAAAUAGUUCUAAAUUUUUGCUGACAUUUUCCUUAAUCAUUUUUGUUAUGUGUUUUGGAAUUCCUAUUUAACCCAUACUCUGUUUCUACCAUG